GUUAGCAGCAACGUUGGAAAUCGCGCAUCUCAGCUGGCCGACGACGCAAUUCGCCAAUUUACCAAACAGUAGAAUUAAAUUAAGCUAGUGAAAUGUUCUCCAUUUUUGGAAAGCGCAAGCCGGCGGAAACUCCCACGGAGGAGCAGCCCAUUCAGGGGCCGGCGGAUGGACCGCGACCAGGAACCAGCGGCGAUGAUUUCGUGUUUAUUGAGCGAAAACCCGGACCCGAUGCACCUGGUCCGGCUGUCUCCUCCGGCGCCAUGUACCCGCCCAUGCCGGCGGGCUAUCUGCCGUAUCCGCCGAUGCCAGGACCCAGGGGUGGACUAGUAGGACCUGGCGUAGCUGGCGGAGCGGUGAAGCAAGGACCCGUCAACUACUUGCAGGACAUUCCCUUCGAGCUGGCACCCGGACUGGCCACCAAGGAUCGCUACGCCAGCACCCAAAUGCAGGUGGACAGCAUCCUGGCGCUGCUCACGCGCCAGCUGUCCGUGGACGAACUGGCCGAGGAGUACACGUUCGCCUUGGAGAGAUCCGUGCAAAACGAGUGUUACUAGCGUUAGCCCACAAACCCUUCACUGGUUAUUAUAAUAAAACGUUGCUUAUUUAAUUGUAAA